GCUGCCGUACCUCAGUGACUACUGACACUUGGCGUUAAACAAACCGGUGAAACGCAGCAUAAAAAUAGAUUUAAACUCUUUAAACAUCUAAUAUAUUCUCCCCACAACAAUGAGUCGCAGUUAUAAUGAUGAGCUGCAGUUCCUGGACAAGAUCGGGAAGAACACCUGGAGGAUUAAAAAGGGUUUCGUUCCCAACAUGCAAGUCGAGGGGAACUUCUACGUGAACGAGCCUCUGGAGAAGCUGAUGUUCGAGGAGCUUCGUAACGCCUGUAAAGGAGGAGGUUUCGGAGGGUUUCUCCCCGCCAUGAAGCAGAUCGGGAACGUGGCGGCGCUGCCCGGCAUCGUACACAGGUCCAUCGGUCUCCCGGACGUUCACUCUGGAUACGGGUUUGCGAUCGGAAACAUGGCGGCCUUCGAUAUGAACGACCCCAACUCCGUGGUUUCUCCAGGCGGUGUGGGGUUUGACAUUAACUGCGGCGUGCGGCUGCUCAGGACGAACCUGGAUGAGAGCGACGUUCAGCCGGUGAAGGAGCAGCUCGCUCAGGCUCUGUUCGAUCACAUUCCUGUGGGGGUGGGGUCCAAGGGGGUCAUCCCCAUGGGGGCCAAGGACCUGGAGGAGGCCCUGGAGAUGGGGGUGGACUGGUCUCUGAGGGAGGGCUAUGCCUGGGCGGAGGAUAAGGAGCACUGUGAGGAGAACGGACGGAUGCUUCAGGCCGAUCCUAACAAGGUGUCGUCUAAAGCCAAGAAGAGAGGCCUUCCUCAGCUGGGAACUCUGGGAGCUGGAAACCAUUACUGUGAGAUCCAGGUCGUCGAAGAGAUCUACAACGACUACGCAGCCAAGAAGAUGGGAAUCGACCACAAGGGACAAGUGUGUGUGAUGAUCCACAGCGGGAGCAGGGGGUUAGGACACCAGGUGGCCACAGACGCGUUGGUGGCGAUGGAGAAGGCGAUGAAGCGCGAUCAGAUCGUGGUGAACGACCGUCAGCUGGCCUGCGCUCGCAUCCACUCCCCCGAGGGCCAGGACUACCUGAAGGCCAUGGCAGCCGCCGGGAACUACGCCUGGGUCAACAGAGCCUCCAUGACCUUCCUGACCCGACAGGCGUUCGCCAAAGUGUUCGUCACGACUCCGGACGACCUCGACAUGCACGUGAUCUACGACGUUUCUCACAACAUCGCCAAAGUGGAGGAGCACAUGGUGGACGGGAGGCAGAAAACUCUCCUGAUCCAUCGCAAGGGGUCCACCCGAGCCUUCCCCCCCCACCACCCCCUCAUCCCCGUCGACUACCAGCUCACCGGACAGCCGGUUCUGAUUGGAGGAACGAUGGGAACCUGCAGCUACGUCCUGACCGGCACAGAGAAGGGCAUGACGGAGACCUUCGGGACCACCUGUCACGGAGCCGGUCGCGCUCUGUCCCGGGCGAAAUCUCGCAGAAACAUCGGCUUCCAGGACGUUUUGGACAAACUCGCCGAUCAAGGAAUCGCCAUCAGGGUCGCCUCGCCAAAACUCGUCAUGGAGGAGGCUCCUGAAUCGUACAAGAACGUGACGGACGUUGUGAACACGUGUCACGACGCAGGAAUCAGUCAGAAGGCGAUCAAACUGCGACCGAUCGCCGUCAUUAAAGGAUGAAUACUGCACGACGUUAAAAACUUUAACCACAAACAGGAAGCUCGUUAAGGACAGGAAGCUCGUUAAGGACAGGAAGACUUCUGAGCGGGGAAGCAGAAGAUACUUCACUCAUUUCUGGAGUCGAAUGAAUUUAUGUUGAAGAAAGGAAUUUAAUUUCUAACCUGAAAAGAAAAUGUAAAAAUGUUCUGUUCAUGCCAAAUAAAAAAUAUCACUAAAAGCUG